AUGGCCGUAUUCACUGACCUUCCUUCUGAGAUGCGCAACAGCAUCUACGACAUGCUGCUCAUCGGGCCAGCGCCAAGUCUCGGUGUCCUGGGUACCUCCAGGCUAAUACAUGGCGAAGCAGCAUCAUACUACUACCAGAACAACGCCUUCGAAGUCUCGCUCAUGUCACAGAGCGAGACUCUUCUACCACCCAUUCCUGACAGGUACCUGAAGUACCUCAGGCGGCUCACGAUCAACGUGUGCCUGACCUCCUCCAGGGUGCAUGAUUCUGCACGGCGGAUCGAGGCCCUCGCCAAUACGGGCGCCACACUCGCCAGCCUCACUAUCAACCUCAUAUCGAGGACCUCCAGGGUGCUGUCGAACAGGGUCGACGACAAUGUGCUGAGCGAGGACCAUCCAAUCGCGCUCGCCCUACAUCACCUGCUCUCCUCCAGCGUCGCCCAAUCAAUGCGCGUCAACCUAGAGGGAGUCUGGUUCGCGCCCGGUCUUGCCACAAAGCUCCUCAACGAAUUCGAGGGCACGCUGGAGGUCCUCACAACCCUAUCCUCACUCGAGCGCGCGCUGGUAGGUCAGAAGACACAGACGCAUCUACGCGCGCUCGACAUCGAUACCGAAGCGGCUACAGACCGCCUGCCUUCCCCGCCUGCCUCGCCAUCGCCAUCUGACCUGAGCACGGCGUUAUCGGAGCUAGAUCAGUUCUCGCCUAUGGAGUUUUUCGACGAGUAUACCGAGGAGGUCGAAGUUGAUGCCGAAGCGGACUUGCUGAUCGACGAGCCUAUGUUCGACGCGCAUGAUAAUGAAGAAGGGCACGAAGAGGAAUUGACGGAGGAAGAUGAUGUUGCGGACGAGGAAAUGGAGGACAUUGAUAACUUUGAAGCGAUUCUUGGUGGGUUAGGAGAGAUUGCGCAGCAAAGAGCGAACGAGGCAGACAUCAGCUACAUGACGAACUUCGCGCCGGAGAUGUUGGGGAGAUGGAUUGAGGGGACAGGUUGAAGAGUGAUGGGGUUGCGACGGCAGGGAGACGAUGAGAUACCCAAUUUGGCUUGCAUGUCUUGUAUGCGUGUUUUUACAGCGCGGUGCGUGUCUCGAUAGAGAUGAAGCUUUCGCUUGUAUUGUAUAUCUAGCUGUAGAACU